ACGAGUUCUUUCCACCAUAGACUUUCCUCCACAUCUACUUUAGGACUAUCCAACCAAACGAGUUGUCAACACCUCGGCGGAAUAUCAUCGUUUCGUUUUUAAGAAAUGGCUCUUGCUCCAGCUGUUUAUAGGCUACAGUCAUAAACGAAUGGAAAAGUUAGUUUGAGAUAUGUUUUGCGGUCAUGUUAGUUUCUCCAGUCACUGUGAGUACCAAUGACACUGUUACAGUUGGGGGGGAAAGCCAGCUGAUGUGUUAUCGUGUAAUUUACACUCAUUUAAAUAACAGCUGUUUACGGACCAUCGGUGUUUGAAGUUCUACACGAUCAUGUCAUUGACGUCUACAAGUUUGCUAAGAAGCGCUAAAUCCCAUAGCGCUCCGUACCAUGGACCAUGUCGCAGCUUAUGACAACAGCAAUGGCCAUUUCAUCAUUCUACUGCAUUUAGGCAGAGUCAACCAACCUGCUCGUGCUGGAAUGAUUCAAUAUGCCGUGAGAGGUCUCCAGUAAACUUUUUCCUAAUGGCUGCUGCUGUAACUAUUUGGCGUCAAGCAAGUGUCGCCUUCCCAGUUAGUUGGAGCCCCCUCAUCCUGCUGUUUCUCGGCUCCGUACUGCUGUUGACGUUUACUUCUGUCGGGGUACAAGAGCAAUGUUGUGGAUCGCUUCAAGGUCUCGCGCUUCUGCGCUGUCAGCUGUGGGGAGGAAACACUCAUACCCCGUCCACCUCGAAGGGCCUCACUGUGACUUUUUCGACUUCAGAUCUCCUGCCUUUCAAGAAGAAGCCAAGUCAAGACGCCCGUUUGGAAGCGCGCGCCGCCCUGCAGCAAGCGAAGGUGAUGAGGCAGGAGGGCAAGCGCGACAAGGCCCACAAGCUGCUGGUGCACGCGCUCAACAUGAACCCCGACUUUGUGGACGCCCUCACGGAGCUGGGCACCAUGCUGGAGGAGGAGAAAGACGUGGUGCAGGCCGACCACCUGUACUCCAAGGCCCUGGCCCUCUCGCCGUGCGACAAGCGGGCCCUGGUGAGCCGCGACCGCACACUCCCCCUGGUGGAAGAGAUCGACCAGAGACACUUUGACGCGCUCGACAAGAAGGUGCAGCAGCUCAUGUCCAUCCCGAAGGGGAACUCGGCGCUGCGUCGCGUCAUGGAGGAGACGUACUACCACCACAUCUACCACACGGUGGCCAUCGAGGGCAACACGCUCACCCUGUCGGAGAUCCGCCACAUCAUCGAGACGCGCUACGCCGUCCCGGGCAAGAGCCUCCAGGAGCAGAACGAGGCUCUCGGCGUGGACUCGGCCAUGAAGUACAUCAACACGACUCUGCUGUCUCGCUCCGGAGCCAUCACGGAGAGCCACAUCCUGGAGAUCCACCGGCGGGUGCUGGGCCACGCGGACCCCGUGGAGGCCGGCCGCCUCCGCACCAGCCAGGUGUUUGUGGGUCACCACGUGCCGCCGCACCCUCAGGACCUGCAGCGCCACAUGCAGGAGCUGGUGCAGUGGCUCAACUCGGAGGAGGCGCUCAACCUGCAUCCCGUGGAGCUGGCCGCCCUGGCGCACUACAAGCUGGUGUACGUGCACCCGUUUGUGGACGGCAACGGGCGCACCUCGCGCCUGCUGAUGAACCUGGUGCUGAUGCAGGCCAGCUACCCGCCCAUCACCAUCCGGAAGGAGCAGCGAUCCGAGUACUACUCGGUGCUGGAGAUGGCCAACGAGGGCGACAUCCGUCCGUUUAUCCGUUUUAUCGCCAAGUGUACUGAGAUGACUCUGGACACGCUGCUCAUCGCCACCACAGAGCAUGCUGUGGGCCUCCCCGCCGCCGGCCAGACUCACGGCUGUCAAGACUGCAGACAGACCAUUACUGUGCACAACUGAUCACACCGGUUUAUCACUGAUGAGUCCUAUGGACAGAUGAUCAGAAGGGGUUUCAAAAUAGCUUGACUACUUGAGUUAACAUUAAAUUUAAGUGGCUGAACCUGUUUUUUUUUAUAUAAACUCCCUCGGGUACGUUAGGUAGCCAACAGAUUGUAUCCUCAUAGGGGUAUAGUUUUGGUUUAUCUGUGGUUAUGUUAACUUAGUGCAAUGGUUCCCAAACUGGGGGUCAGGACCCCUGAAGGGUCACAGAAUGAGGGUAAUUCUUGCAGAAAUCCAUACACCCAACCCAUGCAUACAUGUGAUAACUUUGAAAAACAACAAUAUUGACUUGUGUGGUUAAUAAGUGUAUUUAUACUUUUCCUAUGGUAAAAUUAGCUAUAUUAAUGAACAAAAGAUGUCUGAUGUUUGCAAUAUGACUAGAAAGGGGGUGGCGAAAAUAGUUCGAAGUUCAAAAGGGGGUCUCUGCAGAAGAAGUUAUGGAACCACUGUCUUGGUGGAUGGGAAUCGCUUCCAAUGAAGAAAAAAAACCUUUCCCCAGCCAAAAUGCACCACGAUAUUAUUAUUACAAAUCAGUUCCUGUGUAACACAUCAAAUCUGUGUUGAAUUGCUGUGGUGGUAUAUGGAGCACCUUCUCAUUAACAGGUUAAGUUGUGUUUAACAACAUGUCACAAACUGUCUGCAGGUCACUUGCUAUUACAGUUAUCUGAACAUUAGCGCAAUUUUAAACAUUAGCACAAUGAUCUCUGAAGUUAUUUUUCAGUUCAUUGCAAAAACAUUUUCUUGAAUAAUUAUUUUUGCUAGUUUGUUACAAUAGAUCUGUCAUCAUGAUAAAAUAUAAUAGGGUUGUAUAGAGAAUAUAAAUUAUUUUACUAUUUUCUGUUUAAAAGGGAUUAUUUAAGAAGGCAACAUAUUUUUUCAUUGAGCUUAUGUACUUCUGGCUUAUUUUAUUAAUUUAUUAGGUGUUCAACAAUCUGUCACUU